UCGGUACAGGUGUGGUAAAUCCCCGCUGCGUCCUCUGCCUAUGAAAUGGCCAUGUUUGGAGGCGUAAAUGGCGAAUCGCGACGACUUUGAGGAGUCGACUCGGCACGAGAGCGAAGUUUCUACAAUUCUCCGCGAGGACAACCUUCUUUUCACCGGGCGAGAGUGGACCCCACUUUCUGCACUCCUGCGAAUCCAGAUCGAGAGGAUACGGAGACAAGACUUCACUGUGAACGGUGAAGAUACAGAGGACAGUUCCGUACAACUUACACCCGUCAAUUCCACAAAAGAAGAAACUGUUACAGUUUCUUCAGAUACACCCGUCACUUCCACAAAGAAAGAAACUGUUACAACAGUCUCUUCGGACCAAACGACUCUUGUGGACGAGGUGUUGUCAGGCCUGAAGCAACAGUUGACAGGACUGGUCAUGGAGUUUGAAGAGGUUGUAGGGAAGUUCAGGGAACGCCAGAGGGCACUUUACGCACAGAUGAGGCAAGAGCGAGAGCAGAGAAGGGUGAAGGAGGACGAACUGACGGCACAGCUCACGGACCUGGACCGCAAUAUCGUGGUUCUGAAGGAAGCCCUGCUGCCGACCCUGAGUCAGGGGGACGCCUCCACCAUCACGCACCUGCAGGACCAGGUAGCCGGGGCACAGCAGUCAGCACGGCGCCUCGUCAACACGGCAGAACAGGCUGCGGACGCAGGGCUAGAGUUGUCGGAAGGCGCCACCUUGCGAGAAGGAAUAGUAGUGCUCCACAACUCCGUUCAGAAGCUCGGACAGGCGCUGAGCGAGUUUGGGUCUGUCCUAACCAGUACAGGGCAUGGGGUUGUCAGCCGCCCCGUAGACAGGCUCCCGCCAAAACAGUCACCGGUUGCAAAACUGCUGGCUUCCGAUCUGACAGACAAGAGCAGCGAAUUCGAAGAAGAGCCGACGAUAACCCUCCCCCGAGCCCGCUCGCCUCUCCCAUCCAAGGGGGAGACGUGGAAAGUCAUUCGGGACGAGGAAGACUACAUCCCGCCGGUGCACGGCCCGUCCAUCGGUUCCCUCGGCACCCUGCAGGACUCGGGCUACCACGCUCGUACAGCAGAGACCGACUCGGAGGUGUCCCGUCAGCAGAAGUCGUACCCGUACGAGUCCGCCCUCAACAGGUUCUGGGCCAAGAGACAACAAGAGGAUGACACCGAGACCAGCUUGGAACGAGAUAGCACUCCCAGUGGUAUGGAGAGCGCCAGUAAAAGCAGUCGCCGCCGAUCCCUUGUGGACGUCGAGGCCUGGCUGUCCACACAGGACGACCAAAGCUUUGAGAUCACCUCAUCGGUUGUUACUCCCUCUAGCGUCAGUUCGCGGUAUGGCACCCCCACAGUCUCCACCACCCUGGGCACGCUGUCCGACAGAAGUGCGUCGACGUAUGCCAGUGGUCGUAGCGACGUGACGGGCGGUUUUACACCUCGCAGUAGGAAAGGUCAGGGGCCCCGCACUGAAAGCCCUCUCGUUGCUUCAGACCGUGACAAACUCACACCCUCUAGCGUCAAAGAACUGCAUUACACCCACGUGCAACCUGUCGCAACUGCGAGCGUCAGUGAGCCUGGCGAAAAAGAAAAGCCAGCAACUGCUUCUUCAAGCCCCGCCAGGCAAGAUGUUUCAGCGUCCAGGCAGCCAACAGAGAAGCCCGUAGUCAAGAGAAAUUCCAUGGUCGGCCUGUUCCCCUGCACAUCUUUAACACCGCCAGAAGACCGGGUGCAAGAAAGGGUUCGCGACAGCCAUCGCGUCAUCCCCUUCUCGGCGUUCAUGUCGACGGAUAAGGCAGCCGCGCCCUCUGGCGGCCGUGUAUUCCCUGCAACUCAUCACACGACAGGGAGCAGGAGGAAAGGUCUCGAGUUUGGCAGGAGAGUUGUACCCCCACCACUCCAGGGUAAAGCCAGUUUUCCCUUUGUACCAGGCGCUGGUGCCAACUGGCUUACACAGCAUGGAAGGCUUGUCGGAAGAAUAAGCUCCUACUUACAAGUCGCAAGGCCCGUGGUGAAGAGAGCGCUGGUGAAGUCAACCACCGCGUUGUUGUUUGGUCUCCUACUGGUGUUCUUGGUCCCGCUGUUCUUACCUCGGGAGGUCAACCUGGAGCUGAAAUCAGCGCUGUCCAGCUAUGCGGCCAGUAGUCACGUGUUCAAAGUCAAGAACUUCGGUUUGCCACCCACCUAG